CUGACUUUUCCGGAAGUGCUCUUCUUUUCCCGCAGUGACUUUCCAUGAUUUUUCAAAGCUAAAGAGAUGCCAGUGAAGCACGCCCAGCCCAACCUCAGCCAGUCUCAGGUUUGUGAGCUCAUGAAGAGGCUCUACAAUCUGACAGCUGCAGAAAUGCGCCCACUGCCCAGCUAUGAUGACCAGAAUCUCUACGUGGCUCCCUGUGAGGGUGGAGAGUUCGUCCUAAAGAUCAUGAACUCAGAGCACAGUAAGAACAUCACCAUCAUUGAGGUGCAGACCCAUGCAAUGUCCUUUCUCCACCAAAAUGGACUUCCUGUUCAGACGGCUGUGCCCACCGCCUCAGGACAACUCAUGAGUCUGGAAGAAAUGGGUAUGAAAGGAGCAGACCCCUCUGCUUUUAUCACGGCUUCUAUUAUAAAUAGGCGAAUCAGUUCUAGGGCUUCGGGCAUUGAUCAACUAGCAGGCAAAAAGGAUUUUGUCCGCUGGCAGAUGGAGCACCCUCAUCUCAGCAUCCUUGAGAGGGAGAAUUUCAUCUGGAGCUUGUCAAACGUUUCUCUCUUGAAGGGAUACUUGAAUGUAUUAGAUGGAGAUCCACUUCAGGAGGCUGUGAAAUCUGUCAUUACUCAGUAUGAAGACUAUGUGAUCCCAAAGCGCCCCAAUUUUCGGAAAUGUAUUAAUCAUGGCGACUUUAAUGACCUGAAUGUGCUUGUGCAACCCGAUGACAACCAUGGCUACAAGAUUUCUGGCAUCCUAGACUUUGGUGACAUGAAUAGUGGCUACUACGUCUUCGAACUAGCCAUCACCAUAAUGUACAUGAUGAUUGAGCAUCCGGAUCCCAUCCAGGUCGGUGGGCCUGUCCUCGCCGGCUGGGAAAGUGUCUUCCCCCUCAACCAAGAUGAGAAAGACUGCCUCUAUCUUCUGGUGCUCUCCCGAUUCUGCCAGUCGCUGGUCAUGGCUCGGUAUUCUGUGACUUUGCAUCCAGAAAAUGAAGAGUAUCUCAUGAUUACUUCCAGAAAGGGAGUUAAGAUCCUCCAACGAUUCUGGGAGCUAGGAAAGAAGCAUGUGGAGAAGGUGUGGUUUCAGCAUGCUGCGGAGUUCAAUAAGACAAUGAAUAAAGACGUUAAUUAAUUGAAACCUAAUGUUUAAAAAAUUAAAUAAUAUUAAAGAAAAUCAAAUCAUCAAUAAAAUUGAUGUCAUGCUUUGGUCAUAAUAAUUAUUAAUCAGAAUACCAAUAAAAGGAGGAACAAAUCAGUUGUGUAAAUUGUAUAAUCCAGAUGCCACAUUUCUCUCUUUCAUCUGUAUCUGCUGGUCCUUAAAGCUCAGACUCCAGCUGCAGUCCUCGUCCUGUAAAGCUGUUUCCUAACUUAGAUGUCUUUGCUUCCCAAUCAUCUGCACCUUAAGGCUGCAUCACCCCAGUGAGUUUAAAGGAGUCAUGUCAUUGGAAUUUACCAGAUUUUAAAACAGUGCUACAUAUAAACAUUUCACUGCAGUAAUAAAAGUAAAAGAAACUGUCCAGUUUUAGUGUUUAAUGCAUUUGAAAGGAAUGCUCUGUUUAAUUUCUUUUAAAUGUUUUUGUGACAUAAAGCCUCCAUAUUGCUCUGGAUUUGAAAUGUUAAAGAGCAGACAUUUAAAUUGUGAAAGAGAAAAACUAAUCAAAUCCAUGUGUUUAUGUGAAGAAUUUAUUUUCCUUUUGUAUUUCUCAAUAUGAAAUAGCAAAUGCUGUAAUCACUGCUACAGAAUCGGUCUCAGGAUUAAAAAUCCCUUUAAUGUUUUAUACGCAAAACAAACCACUUUUUUUCUUUUUAGUUAUGUUUGUUCAUGCAAAUUUAUAAGUUCAAUUUAAAGCUUCAAAAGCUCUUAGUAAAGUAGCUAAAACUUAAUUUUUUAUCUUCACAUUUUUCUCGUGUAUGUAUAAGAUGCUUUCUGUUUUUUUCACUGUACUGUAUUUUGACCUACUUUUAAUCUAAAGCAGCUAGAUAUGAAAGAUAAGGUGCCUUAAUAGGAGAUAAAGGUUGACUUCUUAUCUAAGAUCAUCUAUUCAUUAGGUAAAACUUUAAGGUAAAGUUUAACUUCACUCAUUUAACUCUUCCUUUGGACCCUCCUUUGCUGAUUCAGCAAAGCACACAAUUAUCUAGAAAUAAAACAUUUUGUAUCUCUUAGUGGUUUGAGCUCUGUAUUUUUAUGGCUUUUGCACAACAUAGGCAAAAUCAUUUAGUUUACAAGCACAUAGUUACUGAUCUGUAAGAAUGCAGAUUAAUAGUUUUAAAAAUCACAGCCUUCUUUAAAAAAAGAUUGGAUAAAAUGGUAUAAUACUGCCCUCAUGUGGUGGUGUUAGAAUCCUACUGUAACAAGUUCAAAAGUUUUGAUCAUUCAAUUGUUCAUGCCUUAAUUCUUUGUAUUUUUCUCAUAUUACAGCUUGCAAAUAAUAUUAUAAAUAGAAUUCAUUUAGUUAAUUUCUAUAUUCAUAAUAUUUAUAUGAAAUGAGCCUGAAAAUGUGAAGGAUGCAAAGCUAAAUAACUGCGUACCAAAAGUAGAAAUUAUUGUCAGCAAUGGGUGGUGAGGUUGCUCACCACCCAUUGCAGAGACGAGUGAAGCAGAGAUGAGUUCUGAGAGGUUUAAUUGCAGACCAUAGGUAGCAGAGGCAGAAAUCCAACUUAAAAUAUUAAACAAACCAAAACCAUGGAGACAUCAGGGGAAACCGAGUCUGAGGAGCCGGGGAGAGACGAGCUGAGUAGACAAAUACAGCAAUGAGAAGAACCAGCACUGAGUGACUGCAGAGAUGGAGUAUUUGGAGAACAAAACAAAGGAUGGACUAACGAGCUGAAUGAGGAGCAGG